AUGCGAAGAUUUGGUAGGCCUCUUGAGCGGAUACAAUGCUUUCGUAGCGUCUCUUAUAUAGGUGGUCUUUUUAACUUUAAAAUUGUGCCGACAGAGAUGUUUCCUUACCCUCGCAGAAGGGUGGACGGCGAGGAAGCUGAAAAUCUUCAGUCCGUGCUGGAAAGUAUUCGAACCAACAACAAUAUCCUUGGGAACCUUUAUGGUGCAAGAAUCGCUACAGAGUAUGGUGGAUUGGGACUAGGGCACACGGCACAUGCCCUUGUCUGUGAGGAGUUAGGUAACAAUUGUCUUGACAAGUUACUGGCUACUAUUCGUCACAGCGGUGUAUGUACUCAACUCUUGGCCUCUACUGGCGCCAACGACAUAAAGGGAAAAUACUUAACAUCGAUGUCUGAUGGGACGAUAAGAAUGGGAUGGGCAAUUGAAGAGGAUGGUUUUGGAACUGACCUCAGCAUGAAUUCUACCCAAGCUGUAAUGCAUGAUGAUGGGAGUUAUACUCUGACAGGCCAGAAACGCUGUGAUGCUGCGGCAUCGGCCACACAUUUUUUGGUGUUAGCCAAAACACUAACUCAGAAGUCUUCAGAGGACGGUGCUACUGUUGCGACCCGUAGCUCUUUGUUUAUCUGUGAAAAAGAGGCGCCAGGCCUAAAAAUUGAAGGGGACAGUAUUGUUCUAGAAAAUACCCCUGUCGCUGACGUUGUUGGUGUUAUGGGUGAGGGAUUCAAAGAUGCAAUGAUUGCGCUCUUUACGGAGGAAUAUCUUUAUGCAGUAUCCUUGUUGGGCACCAUGAAACGUCUCGUGGAGGAAUUGCAAAGUACAAAUACAGGAGGAGGAGUUGCAGAAAUGCUUCCUUCCUUUGCCUGCGCGAUUUAUGCCAUGGAGUCAAGUUUGUAUGCACUGACAGCUAACAUGGAUGUACCCAGAGAAGAUAGUUUGCUGGAGUGCACCCUUGUGAAUGCCUUUGUACAGGCCACCACAGCUCAGUGUUUACAUAGGCUGGAAUUGUUGAAAUCGCCCAAUCCGACGAUAGACAACUACUUCCGUCACGCCAAGAAAAUUCUUAGCUUAAUGGAGCCGCAAGAUUUCCUUUAUGCCACAGCUGUUUGUUGUGGUGUUGAGGACUACGGACUCUUUUUUCAGCAGGCUUCAACGUUACAGAUGAUGCAAGCAAGAGCAAUUCGUUUCAUGGGUGUACAUGAUCGUGUGCCUAUAAAGAAUAUUGCAGAAGCGUCACGAAUCGACGAAGCGGUGGUGAAGUUCGGCGAAGCUGUAGAGGCAACGUUUGUAAAAAAUGGUUCACAGGUUCCCUAUCAGCAGCUUCUUCUUAAUCGGCUUGGGGAGGCUGCCUCACUUCUGUACGCGGCGUCAGCCGUCGCGUCGAGAGCCUCGAUGUGUGCUACAAAAGGACUUCCUUCAGCAAAGCUUGAGGGAAAACUGGCGACGGCCUUUAUCCAAUUUUCGGUUGAGCGCGCCCUUUCCCUCAGUGAAGAAUGCUGCAACAUUGGCAAGACCGCCGACACCGUUUAUAGGCGUAUCGCCCUUGAGGUUUGCGAGGCGGCACUGCAGUAG